ACACACGGACCCGCCAUGGCCGCGGCCACUCGGCGCGCAGCAGCCCAGCGCGACGCCGCGCGAGAGACAGACGGCCUGCUUCCCCUGCCGUCGGCCGGACGCGUGCUCGCAAGGGACCGCCGCAAGACGGGAGACACGCCGCGCGCGUGUCCUCGCCCGGCAGGGAUGGCGCCGUGGCUGCCGUGGGCGACGGCAGCGCUCGCAGCGGCGGUGCUGGCGGCGGCGGCCGGCGGCCCGGCGCCGUGGGGCGGCGGCAACAACGUCGCCGUGUCGCCGCUGGACCGCAUCGUGUUCCCGGGCGACGCGCGGUCGCCCUUCUCCGACCCCAGCUCCCCGCGCGGCGCCCUCGAGCGCUACCGCCAGGCGGCCGAGGCCGUCUUCGGCGUCGCCGUCCGGCUGAAGCUGUUCCUGCACGUCAGCGACAAGGACAACUUCGUGGUGUCGCCGGUGAGCGUGGCGGCGGCCAUCGGCGAGCUGCUGCUGGGCGCCAAGGGCCGCUCGCGCGAGCAGCUCGAGUGGCUGCUGUCCACCGAGGACAACUCCACCGGCAACUCCAGCUCCACCGGCAUCGCUGGCGCGGGCGACCCCCUGGAGCUGCACCGCCAGCUGGGCGGGCUCGCGCGGCUGCUGGAGGCGGCGGACCACACGGCCGAGGGCUACGUGCUCAGCAUGGCCAGCGCCUUCUUCGUGCAGCCCGACCUGCGCAUGCGCCCCAGCUACGUGCACGCCGUCACGCAGCUCUACGGCCUGCAGUUCUGGCCGCUGGACUUCAGCGGCGACCCGCGGAAGGCGCAGGCCUUCGUGAACAGCUGGACGCGCGAGCACACGCGCGGCCGGAUCCCUGAGGCGCUGCCCGGGGGCCUCGCGCCCACCACGUCGGCGCUGCUCAUCAACGCCGUGUACUUCAGCGGCGACUGGCAGACGCCCUUCGACCCGGAGCUGACGGUGCCGGGCGUGUUCCGCGCCUCCCCGCACCGCGGCGUCAAGGUCAGCUUCAUGCGCGGCCACCUCGACGCGCUGUACGCCGAGAGCGAGGCGCUGGGCUGCCGCCUGGUCGCGCUGCCCUACAAGGGCGCGCGCGCCGCCAUGUUCGUGGUGAUGCCCUUGAAGGGCCGCGCCGAGCACGACCUGCAGCGCUUCGUGGCGGCGCUCACCUUCCGCAACGUGCGCGACCUGGCGGCGUCCGCCAAGCCGCGGCCCGUCACGGUGGUGCUGCCCAAGAUGGUGCUCAAGGACACGCUGAGCAUCCGCGAGGCCAUCACCAAGGUCAGGGACAAGCUGAAGGAGGGCGACCCCGCGGGCGGCGGGCCGCCCGUCACCCGGGUGCGCCGGAGCCGCUACCACUGGAGGUACAACUCCAGGCACCGGUACUACUUCUCCAUACCCUCCCGGAUAGACGACUCCCCAGAAGACGAGGGCGACCGACCCACGACCCCGGCCGACGUCGACGACGAGAAGCUGGACCUGGACAUGAGCGGCGCGUCGGCGGACCUGCGGUUCCGCGUGGACGACGUACUGCACCAGGUGGCCGUCGACGUGUCGGAGAAGGGCACCGAGGCGGCCGCCGUCAGCGCCAGCGCCGUCGACUACAGCGGCGACGUGAAGCUCUUCAAGGUCGACAGCCCGUUCAUGUUCUUCGUGCGGCACGAGGCGACGCUCGCGUCGCUCUUCUGGGGCAUCGUCGCCGACCCGACGGGCGGCGAAGGCGAGUACGUGUGAGCCCGGAGACUUGUGUCGACGUGCCGGGUCGCGCCGAGGGUCGUGUUCCGUCGAGCGCGGUCUUACACGGCACGGGGCUGUUGUUCGCAGACACUGAGCAGGGACGGUUAUAGGCUUUCCUUCACCCGAGGUAGUAAUUGAGGUAAGCCAACCCCCAAACCCCCCCCCCCCCAACCCAUUCCCAAAAAUAAAGUAUCAGACAUAUUUUAUUUGUAUCCGUGUACAAUAAAGUUAAAUAUUAUUGAAACCUAUGUACUUACCAGUGUUUAAGUGUACGUUUAAUUUCACGGCCUCUGUGUAAGUAUGCCGCACAAACUCACAAGAAACUGAGAAUUUAAAAUUAUCAUUGUAAACACCAUUGUUGUUAAUGAUUAAUUCAAAAUUUUUAUUAGAUAAUGUAAAAUUAUUCAUUACAUUUGCCUUUUAUUUCAAACUUUUUUUGUCAGCUCAUCCUGCGCUCCUUCUAACCCAGCGCCCGGGUAAGCUUCCCACCCCCCUCCUACAGUAAAAAUUGCCCCACUCCCUGGUCCGUCACUAAUGCCGAGAGCAAGUUUGGAGACACAUCAUGUGGGAUUCCGACAAGUCGUUUGCUACUUGACGUUUAUGAGUCAUGAAAUAUGUGUACACAAUUGCCUGUUUCAUCUUCGCAUGUGUGUUGGAAAAACAGUCUUAUUUUGUAUCAUGAUUUAUGUGUGCCCAAAUAUAACCAUAAAAACCAA